GUCGUCGUCGUCGUCGGUGACAUUCGCUGCUCGGUGCCGUCGCUAGCUUCGUAACUCAAAAUAAAAAUUCCGCCGACGUUGGUAUUGCCGCAACUAUUCGCUUGCAUCAAAAAAAGCCGAUUUAAACCAAUGCAUUUAGGUUUCAAACGUGCAAAACGCCAAAACCAAAAACGUUUUUCGAUUAGUAAAAAAUGUCUUUGCCCCGAGAAUGGAAUUUUCCGAAUUCACGGGGACCGUUACACUGCACGAGUGAAUCGUACCCAACUGGUGGAGUCCAGCACCAGUCGGGAGGGUUCAUUCGCUCAUCCACGGACAGCGUUGGUGAAUGUGGCGUUUACAUUACCGACCAACACAAUCAUCACGCCGCCACCAAUAUACCACCAUCGCCGCCACCAUCUCUCGUCGGCGAUUCGUGUGAACUACCGACAACUGUUGCUUGCUCUCAACCCGCCCCACCAUCACUGCUCACCGAGUGUCAACAGUCGACUGGUUCGCUCUUCUCCGUUGUCUCGGCGCCACCGGUACCGCUCGCAGAGCUCGAUGUCAAGCAAGUGGACACACUCAAUAGCGGCGGUUUCGCCAAAGUUAUGGGUAUUGGCACAGGACUUGGUCUGCAAGCGGGCAUCGGGUUGGGUUUGCCAACGAUGGGUGGCAGUGCGCAAAAUGCAUAUUCCACCACGUCGAUGGAUGCAGCCACAGCGGCCACAGUUUUGGCUGCGGGCGCUGCCAUCGGCUGCACAAUGGACGGCACGGCCACCAUCGCUGGCACCACAACGCAUGGCAUACUACGUCGUCCGGCCACGUUGCCCAUUAACGCACCUUAUUGUCCGGCGCCGACCAGCCGCACCUUGCACUCCAGCCUCUUGGAACAUCAAAUUACCGAAAUUGAAGAGGAGGACAAUGAAAAUCUGUUGACUGUCUCCAGUAUUACAGCGCGUCCUUUAAUCGCCAAAUCGCGGGAGAUACGUUCGAAUCGACAGCUGCAGCUGAUCGAACAACAAGCCGCGAAACGUGGAGGUAAACAGCCAAGACGUGCUAAUGCGCCCUCACGCACCGCCGACGGCAAUGCCGCCGAUACGGAUCAGUGUGUUGUGGGCAAGCGCACAACCUCAGCUUCAUCACGUUCCUCCGUUAAUGCAGAUCCACCAGACGGUGGCUACGGCUGGUUAAUUGUAUUUGGCGCUUUUUCUGUGCAAUUUUGGGUUGCGGGUCUGGUCAAAUCCUACGGUGUACUUUAUGUUGAAAUAAUGGAAACAUUUCCGAGCUCCACAGCAACCGUGGCGUCUUGGAUACCAGCUAUACUAUCAGCGUUAUGCUUGGUUCUAGCGCCAGUCUCGAGCGCGCUCUGUCAGCGAUUUUCAUGCCGCUCGGUUGUUUUUGUUGGGGGACUCUUCUGUGCGCUGGGACUGACAUUGAGCUAUUUUGCGACCAGUCUGCUACAUUUGUUAAUAACCUUCGGAGUUUUGACAGGUAUAGGUGGAGGUCUCUCUACAACGCCAGGUAUAGUCAUUGUAUCGCAAUAUUUUGACAAACAUCGUGCGCUGGCCAACGGUAUCUGUGUGUCGGGCACCGCGGCCGGUAGUUUUAUAUUGCCGGUGCUUAUCAAACAUCUGGCGGAAAAUUUCGGCUUCCAUGGAACGAUUUUGGUUUUGGGCGGCUGCAUGUUUCAUGUUUGCAUCUCAGCUACACUUUAUAGGCCGAUUGAAGAUUACAACAGCGAGAGCAACAAACUCAACGAAGAGGAAGAAGAAUCGGCCAAACCGCUGAACGACAUUAACCCCAGUACAACGGGCAUGCUUACCGGCUCUACAUACCUGGACACAUGUGAUGGAACGCUCAAUAAUAAGUUCAUCGAACACCUUUUCUUAGAAGAAUCGAAGAAUCGUCUCAAUGAUCUAUAUUCCGGCAAGCAAAAUACAAAUGAAAAGCAAAAUGUUGCCGCGCAAGAAAGUGACGAUGAGAUCAAAGAUGUUAUUGGCGAGACCACAUUUAUCAAACCAAUGAAGAAAGUACGCAGUUCGGGUAUUAUGCAUUCCGUAGAAGAUCUUAGCACCGACUCCACUUGGGUAUAUCGUAAGAAUUCGGGUACCGAUUCAAAUCGCGGUAGCCGACGGCGACGCAACGUUUUCGCCAAUGACGAGAUCAUCUCCAAAAUACAAGCACAUCUGGAGAAACCGUUAUCACCACCCAACGUUGUAACACGCGGACUUAGCAAAAGCAUGGAGAUACCAACGCCAGUUAGCAAUUUCACUGACUUGAACAAACGUGGAGAGUUGCAUGACCUUAGCGGCGCUAUAGUGGCUCAACAACCGAUUGGCGCUGGCGCAAGUGAUGGCGAGGACGAUGAUGACGACGAUGAGCCACGCACCUGCUGUGAGCGCAUCGAAAUGUAUUUGGACAUUAGCUUGUUGAAAGACACCACUUUCAUAUUGAUGUGCUUGUCGGUGACAUUGAUGUCCGUCGGUUGUCCCUACAUGCUUUACUAUUUACCAGCGCACGUAAUUUCCAUCGGAAACAACAAAAGUCAAGCUGGUUAUCUUGUCGCAGUGAGUGCUGUGUUGGAUUUGUGUGGCCGUUUGGGACUUGGCUGGUUAUCAGAUUUGCAACUUUUUGAUCGUAAAAAGACCUACAUAUUUUGUAUACUUGGCGCUGGAAUUGCUGUACUCACCAUCCCAUCAGAGCACAACCUCUAUAUGUUGGGCUUGUCCGCUGCUGUUUAUGGCUUUUGUUUGGGCAGCUGGUAUGUACUGAUGCCCGUACUGUUGGCCGAUAUCUUCGGCACGGAUCGCAUUAGCUCCAGCUAUGGUUUGGUGCGCAUGUUUCAGAGUAUCGGCGCUAUUUCGGUGCCACCAUUGGCCGGGUUUUUGCGCGACCUUUCGGGUAGCUACGAUAUUUGCUUCUAUUGCAUGGGCGCUUGCAUGGUGUUGGGCAGCAUACCGUUGCUUGUUUCGGCGCUGCUUGAGAGUAGGGAACGUGAUCCGUUCGAACAACCCGAUGAAAGUGACGAAAAUUCUACAGUAUCUUAAAGAAUAAAAAGUGUUUCGAGGAAUUAGUAUGGAACAAGGAGAAAAAUGUUUGAAAACGUUUUUGCUAAGAAACUACUAUCCGAAUUACGGGUAGAUACAUACAUACAUGUGAAGAAGGGUAUAUUGUGAAUAACGCUUAGAAUAUGCGAUUAACUGUACCCGUGCGCUAUUCACCAGUAGUUAUUUAGCACAAUUUUGAUGUUGAUUUAGUAAUUUAAAGAGCUUCUAAAUUCGUGUUAAUACCAUAUUUAUGUGUAGUCAACCAUUUACGUAGCCAAGUAGAAUAUCAAGCAACAGUAAUACGCUAACACAUACAUACAUAUGUCUUACGCUAUACGAGUAGUAGUACAUACAUACGUAUGGUAUAUCAUACAUAUAUGUUUAGGCAGUGUAGCUUAAAACUCUAUACCGAAGACCAUUUGGAUAAGGUAAUAGAAUUUUGCAUACUUUACUUGUUCCUGACUCAACUGCAGUAAAACGAAUUUAUUUUGGAGAAUUAAAAUUUAAGUACCAAUAAUUAUACCAAAUGGUACACACAGAUUUCUGAACUGUAGACUGUCCUACCGGGUCAUUUAUGCGUUGAUUGCUAACCAUAUUCAGAGUUAUAUUGAUUUUAACUGGUUAAUAAGAAAUGAAAUGCAUAUAAGCAGCGUCAGCUAAAACGAUGGCUGAACCAUUAUAAAUCUGCAUUGUUAGAAAAUGUUAAUUAAAUACAUCCAUCCUGGUCAUCAGAUAUUCUCUCUACCUUUCUAAUGGUCUUUCGACUGAAUAUAGUGAAUUGCAGUGUUUUUGUGUAGUUCCAAAAGAAUAAAACUAUAGCCAGACUAACUGGAAACCAGCUUUAAUGCAUUUUUUACAACAUACAAAUACAUUUUUUGGUAUUUUUUUAGGCGGUAGUUCUACUAUUUGGACCAAAAACCGUGUUAAAAAUGACAAAUGCUAGAACUUUGAUUAUAAAAAUUUU